UACACAAGAAAGGAAAUAAUUUUGAGAAACAGACGGCAAACACCCAGAGCAACAUACGCGCACUCAUAAUUCUGUUUAAAUGGCCGAACAACUUAAACGACCACAAGAGUCACUCUUCCUACAUUUUGAAACCAGUGUUACAUGUUACAGAAAUGAAUCAUAACUCCGCCCAACUCGCAAGUAGGCUACAUUUUUAAUGAAGAGUAACCUCUGCGCCUUUCCCUACAUUAACAUCUGCACUGACGUAAUUUAACGCGAAUAGGCCACACCGCUCUUGAGGUACGAUCCGAGAUCUUCGGCGUUGUAUGCCUAAAACCUUCCUAUAUUUAUCCGGGCCGCACUCCGAUUGACAGAAUUCUCAGCAUUCAAUCCUACAGGAAGCGAGAGGAACGAAAAGGGGACGAAACGAGAAGAUUGUUUUGUGUCAACCAAAACAGCCUCUUAGUGACCAGAGGCAUGGCAGAGCUGUUGCGGCUGCUGCUGCGGGUUUCGGAGAAGGCGGCAAACGUGGCGCGUGUCUGCAGACAGGAGGCGCCGCUCUUUGAGCUGCUGGUCCAGGAGAAGACGGGAGAGGACAAGAACAAGAAGUUUGUCCAGGACUUCAAAACGCUGGCCGACGUGGUGAUCCAGGAGAUGAUCAAGCACGAUGUUGGCGCACAGUUUCCAGAGUUGAAGGAUUUCAUCCAUGGGGAAGAAUCCAACAAGUUUGAGAAUGGACUGGACACCAGGUAUUUCCCAGUUCUGUUCUACCCUCAUCUCCACCACGCCUCCACCCCCAUCUCUGAUACCAGCACCAGGGCAAGCAGCAACAGAUCUCCGGACAACAUUUGGGUGUCCGCCUACACUGCGAGUAGAGGGGAGAGCAUCACAGUGACAGUGCGUGAGACAGAGGAAGAGACAGCAGCGCUGCUGUCCACUGUUCUGGAUGGAGACAGGACGGCGGCAGCUCUUCUGGCCACAGCCAUCCACCAGGACCUGCAGCUGGUGGACCAGGCCGCAGGGAGCCUGGAGCUGCCCCUCAGACCCCAUGAGCUGGGCAUCUGGAUCGACCCCAUUGAUGCCACCAGCCAGUACAUUGAGGGACGAGAGGAAAAGGUCCCAGAGGGGGAGCUCUGCACAUCUGGGCUCCAGUGUGCCCUGGUCCUGAUUGGGAUAUAUCACCGGGCCACAGGGGAGCCCAUUAUGGGGGUCAUCAACCAACCUUUUGCCCACAGAGAAUCCUCUGACCAGCGGUGGAGGGGCCAGCAUUUCUGGGGAGUGUCCUGUGGGACCAUCAGUGCCUCCUCACUGCCCAGACCGCCGGGCCACACAGGCAGGGACAGGGAGCCACUCCUUGUGCUGAGUGCCAGCGAGAAGCAGGCAGUCAAGGAUGCCCUGAGUGGCAGCAGGCUGACCUACGCCUCAGGGGCCGGCUACAAGAUCCUGUGCGUGGCCCUGGGCCUGGCCGACGCCUACGUUGUCUCCGAGGGCAGCACCUUCAAGUGGGACUCGUGCGCACCCCACGCCCUUUUACGGGCCCUGGGCGGGGGGGUGGUGGAUCUGGCCGCGUGCCUUGGCACCUGCCCGGAGGAUGGGGGCCACCCUCUAGAGCUGACCUAUCACCAGCCGAGGCCAGGGUGCCAGGGGGCGGAGCGCUGGGCCAACCAUGGCGGGAUGGUGGCGUACCUGGAACCGAGGAGACUGAUGGGGGUGAUCGGGGCUCUCCAGGGCAAAAUCUGAGCGCAAAUGUGUCAGAGCACUGGUGGUGAGAAGGAGUGCACCAAAGUUAAACUUGUAAUCUGGGGGUGGGGGUUAGGAGCAUCCUGAUGUAUUAUAAGGCGCUUGUGUAGUGUGAAAAAGAUUGUCCUUUCAUAUAUGUGUGAGGUGCAAGAGAUGAAGAAUUUAAAUAUGCUGUGAGGAACUGUGGCCAGCUUCUGCUCAGGUUACCGUCAUUAAAAUCUAUUUUACUGAACCACUUUGAAUCACAAGGGCCAUAUGUAAAGCAGCAGGGCAUCAUCUGAGGGCAGCAGAAGAGUUUAAACAGGGAGAAGAGAUGUGUAAGAUCUAUAACACAAACUUUUUUUAUUAUAAAUAAAAAUGUCAGGAUGCUGAAAAGAACAGAGGGAGGAUGCUGGCUUCCUUGGAAAAAUGUUUCAUUUUGUUACAGCCACGUAACAGAUAAUUAUCAAUGUACCCUGGCAGUAAUUUGAGAUGUUGGGACAUUAGUCUUUGGAGUAGUGCCAUGGCCACAGUCCUUUGUGAUGGUGCCAGCAAGUGGCGACAAAGAUAGGUGCCUCUCAGUUUUCACAGUUGAGCCAUAACCUGAGCAGGACUUGGUGGUUAUUGUAUGCCCCUUGUACACAAAAUAUUCACUACAAAUGAGAAUCAGUCCUUUAGCAUCACUCCAUGAGUAUAAAUGUGACUAUGUUUUAUUUCUCUGAUGUUACACAAUUUUAGUUAAUCAGUGGACACAUUUCAUAAGCAUUGCUAGAGAAGAACCCAGAAAAAGGGUCUUGUCAAUACUAGCCAGUAUUCAUUCUUCUGGUACCCUCUGGAAACGGUGUGAGGUACAGUGCCAAUAAUUGUAAAGGGCGCUAUAUCAAUCAAAAGCUGAUCGCCUGGCUGAAAUGACGCAGUGCCUUUGGAAUGAAGAAUCAACCCGUUUUUCUGGCCUUGAGAAAUGAGACACUGAGAGGUGUGGUAUCAUCAGGGACCGCAAAGCUGGCCCUCUCUCCCAUUGCAGUGUGAGAGCUUCCUCUGUAGCUUGAGACUCCUUCACACAGAACCCUGAAGGCAUACGUGGUCAGUCUGACUUGAGAGGCACUCCUCCUGGUGCACCUGCAGAGUAGUGCCAGUGCCAUUAACACCAUCUCACAAUGAGGAUGGCAUUUACAUCACAUUGACAUUGUCAUCAUUAAGCAGAUGCUCUUAACCAGAGCGACUUACACAAUGCGAGUGCCAAGCACAUGUAAUAAAGUGGCAUGUAAAGUUGUACUAAUGUGAUGCAGGAUUACAUUUUAUUCUGCCUGUAAGUUUCUUUUAUUUUAACCUUAAUUUCAGCCCUAUUACCUUCAGCUUUUUUGGGCCAGACAGAGUGCAGUACCUACAUUCACUAAGAGUUCGUAAAGUGCCUAUGGGAAGCAUUAAAAGUAGUUUGACUUCAAUAUAUAUUUAUAUAUAGAUAUAUUAGUCUGGUCAUUACACUUCCCCUAUACAUUGUACAUAACAGAUUCCUUCUUUUGUGUCUUUUUGAAACUGCAUGCUAUAAGAUAAAACUACUGUGAGCUUGCUUUUUGUGUGUUUGUAUGAUUGCCACUUUCCCCAGGCGUGCACUGAUACUCAGAAUUAAGAAACUACUUCAGCAGAAGCAGUAAAAUAUAUAUGAUUUUACAUAUAAGAUCCAUGAACACUCAGACACAGUAUGUAGUAUGUGUGCCAUCUGUCAGGACAGUGAUUUUAGGCUACAAAUAUGGUGAUAUGGCCACGAUGUUUCUUCUUGACCUCUAUGACUUUUUUAACACCAUUCACAACUAAA